UGGAGGGGAGGCUCCGACGUCUCCUUCCUUCCUGGUUCCUGCAGCAGCUGCUGCCACUGCUCAGCUCUGUGAAGAGGUAGCUGGCGACUCGGGGACAGUGACUCAGAGGCGGAUCAGUGUACGGACCAAGAAGCAAGGGCGUCCAUGGACUCUGGGGGAUUUCCCAGGACAAGGUGACACCCUUCCCUUGCCCCCCUGCUCUGCCCUCCUCACCAGGGAGUACCCUCUCCUUCCUCAUGGACUUCCAGGAAAGAGACACUCCCUCCCUGACUGAGAGCACCCAAUCGUCAAAGCCCAGCAGCACCCAGCAGGCCUCCGAGCUGUGGGAGGUGGUAGAGGAUCCUCGGGGCAGACCAGGAGCAGAGGACAUCAUGCCUGAGAGACAGGAAGGACACCUGCUGAAGAAGAGGAAGUGGCCUCUUAAGGGCUGGCACAAGAGGUACUUUGUGCUUGAGGAUGGGAUCCUCCACUAUGCCACAACGCGACAAGACAUCGCCAAGGGGAAGCUCCAUGGCUCCAUUGAUGUCCGGCUGUCUGUCAUGUCCAUCAACAAAAAGGCCCAGCGCAUUGACCUUGACACAGAAGACAACAUCUACCACCUAAAGAUCAAAUCCCAGGACCUGUUCCAAAGCUGGGUGGCCCAGCUCCGAGCCCAUCGCUUGGCCCAGCGCCUGGACAUGGCCGGUGCCACUCAUCGGAAGGUUCCUGGUACCCAGAUGCUAACAGCAGGUAGUGCCUCCGCCUUACCUGGGGUUGGCCCUCGAGAGAAAGUAUCGUCCUGGCUGAGGGACAGUGAUGGGCUAGACCGCUGUUCUCAUGCGCUCUCAGAAUGCCAGGGUAAGCUCCAGGAAUUACACAGACUCCUUCAGAGCCUGGAGUCCCUACACCGAAUCCCCUCCGCCCCUGUGAUCCCCACACACCAGGCCUCGGUGACAACCGAGAGACCCAAGAAGGGAAAACGGACCAGUCGCAUGUGGUGCACACAGGGCUUUGCCAAAGAUGACACCAUUGGACGGGUUGGUCGUCUCCAUGGCUCUGUUCCCAACCUGUCUCGGUACCUGGAGUCUCGGGACUCUUCCAGCCACCGUGGGCUGCCACCUCCAGACUAUGCCCACCUGCAGCGCAGUUUCUGGGCCCUGGCCCAAAAGGUGCACAACUCCCUUAGCAGCGUCCUGGUUGCCCUCACCACAGAACGGGAUCGACUGAGAGACCUGCAUCAGGGCUCAGAGCUGUCACAGAUGGCGGUCUCUGAGGCCCCAGAUGGUCAGAGACGCCUCCACUCACUCUCCAUCUCCUCAGACACCACGGCAGACUCCUUCAGUUCCCUCAACCCGGAGGAGGUGAGGAUCGAGGAUGGACAGUGGGUGCUGGCUCUCUCCCAGGGGUCCUGGGCAUUGCCAUUUAGUCUACCCUACCUAUCCACUCUCCCUGUUCAGGGUUCUGAGGAGGAGGAGUCGUGCGCUAGUGAGAUCACCACCAGCCUGUCUGAGGAGGUGCUGGACCUCAGGGGAGCCGACCACUGUCAGAAAGGGCCUGCUGUAGGGCCCCCUCGCCGCCGCUGCCUGCCAGCUGCCAGUGGGCCUGGAACAGAUGUGAGCCUGUGGAACAUCCUCCGCAACAACAUCGGCAAAGACCUGUCCAAGGUGUCGAUGCCUGUGCAGCUCAACGAGCCGCUCAACACGCUGCAGAGACUCUGUGAGGAGCUGGAGUAUAGCAACCUCCUGGACCAAGCCAGCCGCAUGACCGACCCCUGCGAGCGCAUGGUAUACAUUGCCGCCUUUGCUGUCUCUGCCUACUCCUCCACGUACCACCGGGCAGGAUGCAAGCCCUUUAACCCCGUCCUGGGAGAGACCUACGAGUGUGAGCGGCCUGACCGUGGUUUCCGUUUUAUCAGUGAGCAGGUUUCCCAUCAUCCCCCGAUCUCCGCGUGUCACGCAGAAUCAGAGAACUUCAUCUUUUGGCAAGACAUGAAGUGGAAGAACAAGUUCUGGGGCAAAUCCCUGGAGAUUGUGCCUGUGGGGACCGUCAAUGUCAGCCUGCCCAGGUUUGGGGACCACUUUGAGUGGAACAAGGUGACGUCCUGUAUCCACAACAUCCUCAGUGGCCAGCGCUGGAUCGAGCACUAUGGAGAGGUGCUUAUCCGAAACACACAGGAUAGCUCCUGCCAUUGUAAGAUCACCUUCUGCAAGGCCAAGUACUGGAGCUCCAACAUCCACGAGGUGCAAGGCGCCGUACUUAGCCGCAGUGGGCGCGUCCUCCACCGCCUCUUCGGGAAAUGGCAUGAGGGGCUGUACCGCGGCCUCCCACCGGGUGGGCAGUGCCUUUGGAAACCCAAUUCAAUGCCCCCAGACCAUGAGCGAAACUUCGGCUUCACUCAGUUUGCCUUGGAGCUGAAUGAGCUGACCGCAGAGCUGAAACGGACCCUGCCUUCCACUGACACACGGCUCCGGCCUGACCAGAGGUACCUGGAGGAGGGGAACAUACAGGCAGCGGAGGCCCAGAAGAGGAGGAUAGAGCAGCUCCAGCGAGACCGGAGGAGAGUGAUGGAGGAGAACAACAUAGUGCACCAGGCACGCUUCUUCAGGCGACAGACAGACAGCAGCGGCAAGGAGUGGUGGGUGACCAACCAUACAUACUGGAGGCUGCGUGCUGAGCCAGGCUAUGGGAACCUGGAUGGGGCCGUGCUCUGGUAGCCCUGGCCUCGGGGCAGGAGACUCUGGGCCCUCGCUCCUGCCCCUCUUCCUACCAUGGACAUAUGGGUGAGGUCAGGUUCACUCUCACUGCCCUUGAGGGCAGAGGGGCAGCCAAGCCUCCAGCCCUUUCCCCCUCUGCUGGCCAGAGGGGCUGUAUCUCAGCGCUCUCCCACUCCACCAUCGGGGUGGAAGUGGAAUCUGGGCUUCCCAGUCUUGUUACCGCAGCAUCUGGCAUGUCAAACCCUUCUCGCUCAGCCAUCCUCCUCUUCUGGGCGUGUUUUGGGGAGAUGCCGGGUUCCCAGAUUUGCUCCCCAUUUCAGUGCCUUCCUAGGACACAGGGGGCCCCCUUGAUGCUACCCAGACUUUUCUGUGCCCAGGGCGCUGGCCGUGCUGCGAGGUUGGAAUGGGUGGAGGAGAGGAGAUGCCCUUGUCCCAUCUGUGUCUUUGCAGCCUCUUCGCUCUGCCCCCACCCAUCCCUUGUCCUGCAUCCCCUUCUCCCAAACUGCAAGGCACCUGCCACUUCCAGCUCCUCCACCCCAGGGGCCACCCGUGGUCCCUUCAGGCUUGGCUUAGCAGAUGCCCCAAGAGGUGGAUGAGCCUUCUCCAAGAGGUGUGGAGCAGGCUGAGUUGCCUGGCCUCAGACUCACCCAAGAGGGAGUGAGCCAGUGUGAGUGUAAGUUUGUGUAGGAGUGUGUGUGUGUGUGUGUGUGUGUGUGUGUGUGUGUGUGUAUGCGUAUGCGCCGUGUCCUGCUUGCUGGCGAGCAGGAUUCCUAAUGUAGCCAGGACACCCCCGCUGCUGGUGUCUGUCACCGCUGCUGCUCAUUCUCAGUUUGCCUGAGUCAGGUGAAUUGCUAUAACAUUCCAAGCUCCAAUAAAGA